UGUUGGUAAAAAUGGAAGUGCCAGUGAUAUGGGUGUUCUUAAUCUGUUGCAUCUUUUGUUGCAUAAGCAUAAGUCAUAACAAUGGUUUCGUCGAAGCCAAGAGAUUUUCUAAAUUUGAAGAUUUAGAAAUCGAGAAGAGACUAAAGGCUAUGAACAAACCCGAUGUCAAGAUCAUCAAGACUAUAGAUGGAGAAAGCUACGGGUGUGUGGAUUUCUUCAAGCAACCAGCAUUUGAUCACCAUUCUAUGAAAAAUCACACAUACCAUUACACGAUGCGUCCAAUAUGGAAGGGAAUGAGAGAAAAAAAGACAAACAAUACUGGAUUUGGUUACUUAUGGGAGAAUGGUGUAGGUUGUCCCAUUGGUACGGUCCCUAUACCAAGAGUCACCAAAGACGAUCUUUUGAGACUUGACACAUUUGGCGAUGAUCAUAAACCUCGUGGAUCUUGGAACACUACCACUGAUUAUCCUAGUAGUGUUCUUCAUUUCAACCAACAUCAUUUUGCAGUGGCUCGAUCGAUAGACCCAGAACAAAGAUUUAAUGGAGCAACAAUGGAACUUUGUCUAACUGCGCCUAAGGUUAAGCCAACCCAAUACAGUGCUUCUAGACUUCACAUUCAGAUCGGAAAGGAUUUCAUCCAAACUGGUUUUACUGUAAAUCCAGUAUUGUACAAGGACCACCAACCUCGGACUUUCGUCUAUACAUAUGCAGGUGGUAAAUCAUGUUACAAUAGCAACUGCAAUGUUGGAAUGUUACUCGUUCGUCAAGAUUUUCCACUUGGUACGGCAUUGAAGCCAGUGUCUAUUCGUGGUGCUAAGACAAGUCACUAUGGAAUCUUUGGUCUAAUCAAGGACCAGAAGAAUGGAAAUUGGUGGUUGCAAUUUGGUGAUCAGGGAGAAGAAGUUGGAUUUUGGCCGUCCAGUAGGUUUCACCAAGGCUUUGGAAAUUUGGUCGAGUGGGGUGGAGAAGUGUACAGUGCAUCAUUACCGAGUCCUGAAAUUGGAUAUGGACAUUUUCCAGUUGAAGCGUUGCGUUACGAUGCAUAUAUGAAACGUAUAUCCAUACUCGACGGUAGUUAUAACGUAGACCGCAGUGUGGACUAUCUCCAAGAAUUUACAGACAACGAUCGGGGCUACAAAGUGCUAGACGACACAAGGACUUCCAAAUACCCUCGUGACGGUCAUAUUAUAUUUUUUGGUGGUCCGGGGAAUAUCUAA